AUGGUCAUCAUGAAAAUCCUCAAGCAACGCAAGACCAAGAGGCAAGAUGACGCCCUGCAAUACGUACACGACGAGGAUGGCGACGAUGACAAGACCGUCAGAUUCAUUUUCAGUGCUCUUUCGUCGAGCGUAACUAUGACAGGCGCUUCCAUCACGUGGCUCCCUGCAUUCCUGGCGGAUUCGCUCGAGUGGCAGUCAAAGUGCAGAGAUGAAGUCGACGCUGUUCUACUCGAGCACCGCAAGACACCGUCGCAAUCGCACAAUGAGAUCCUCGAGAGUCUCUCGCUUCAGGACUGGGAGACUGAAUUCCCCGUCCUGUACUCAUGUUUGCAGGAGACGCUUCGCCUUACGUCCACUGGAACAUUCUUCCGCAAAAACGUCAGCGGCGCGGACAUUCGCAUCGGCGACUCCGCCGAGGUGGUGCCGAAUAAUUCUUAUGCUGCCUACCUCCCCGACAACGUUCACAUGGAUCCCAGACUGUACCCAGAUCCCCUCAGGCGAACGUGA